UGGUUGACCGCACUGGGCUCCCAGCUAUGUGUGAAGACACGCACAGCGCGGCAAAGAAGCAGCAGCUCUGAUUCUGAUGUUCGCUUUCUUCCAGGACCGGCGAGCAGACUGCAUCGUACACCCAUCCCACUCUCCCUCCGAUCCACCACACUCUCUCUCUCCUGCUGUUUCUAUCUGUGUCUCGCGCUCUCUCCCUUCGGCUUACUUGUACAAGCGUGUGGAGCUGGAGAGGAGGGAAGACCCUCUUCCUGUUUCUGUCUCUCUCUCUCUCUCUCUCUCUCUCUCUCUCUCUCUCUGUCUCUCUCUCCCUCUCUCCCUCUCUCCCUCUCUCUCCCCUCCCCCCUUUCUCUUUUGCUCUGUCUUUGUGUCCUGCGGUGGGAUAAGCAGUGAGAGGAUGAGUCCCUGAUACAGCUCCGGACCUGAGUGACCUGACAGCUCUAACUAGUCUUAUUCAGUCAAGACGAAAUGCUGCCAGCUGAGUACUAGCAUCAGGAACAGUGGAGAGCAACCAGUGUAUUGCCACAACAGAAGCAACUUCUCUCAUCUGGACCCACACAUCCGUGAAGCAGAAGUGAGUCUUCAGCACAGCUCAGACACAGCCUGUUGUACAUGGAGACCCCGAGCUGGGCAGAAACCAAACCAGGAAACGGACUGUGUAAAUCCGGAAGCAUUGCGCUCUUUGGAAACGUAGUUUACAGUGGGCUGCUGAACGAUCACUUCUGGCACUUCGGGGUUCCUCUCGUCACCAGACUGGGUAACCAGGAGGCCCCUGCCCCCCCAGAGGCCAUGGCUCAGCCGUAUGCCCCAGCGCAGUACCCGCCACCCCCGCCCCAGAAUGGGCUGCCGGGCGAGUUCGCCCACCCGGGGCAGGAGUACACGGGGCCCAGCGCGGUCCCGGAGCACGCGGCCGCCCUUACCAUCUACACGCCCACACAAACGCACAGCGAGCCGGCCGGCACCGACAGCAGCACGCCCUCGCUCACAGGGACCGGCAGUGUACCACAGGCGGAUGAGGUGGCACAGACAGAGGGCUCCCAGCAGCUCCAGCUCCAGCCCUCGGACUCAUCGGAGAAGCAGCAGCCCAAGCGGUUACACGUCUCCAACAUUCCCUUCCGCUUCCGAGACCCGGACCUCCGGCAAAUGUUCGGGCAAUUUGGGAAAAUUUUAGAUGUGGAAAUUAUUUUUAACGAGCGGGGCUCUAAGGGUUUCGGUUUUGUAACUUUUGAAACAAGCGCAGAUGCAGACCGCGCACGGGAGAAACUAAACGGUACAAUCGUAGAGGGACGCAAAAUCGAGGUAAACAAUGCCACAGCAAGAGUAAUGACAAACAAAAAAGUGGCUAACCCCUACACAAAUGGCUGGAAGCUGAACCCAGUGGUGGGAGCUGUCUAUGGUCCUGAAUUUUAUGCAGUGACGGGCUUCCCAUACCCAGCCACAGGGGCAACAGUGGCAUACAGGGGUGCCCACCUGAGGGGCCGGGGUCGUGCAGUCUACAACACGUUUCGCGCUGCACCCCCACCCCCGCCCAUCCCUGCUUACGGAGCUGUGGUUUACCAAGAUGGCUUCUACGGUGCCGAGAUCUACGGUGGCUAUGCAGCGUACAGGUAUGCCCAGCCAGCCGCAGCAGCUGCAGCAGCUUACAGUGACAGCUAUGGCAGAGUCUAUGCAACAGCGGACCCCUACCACCACACGAUCGGUCCCACAGCCACAUACAGCGUGGGCACCAUGUAAAUAAAAGAGAUCAUAGAAGAGAUGGACAUCAGCUAAAUAGUGGACAACAUGAAGAAUUAAGGAGGUGAAAGAAACACAUUUAAAAAAAAACAACAACAAAAACAAAAACACAAAAACAAGGAUCCGUUCCACCGAGGCUGUGAUUCGAAGGCACCAUACUGUCACAGAGGCGUUGGGAAUGACACAGCCGAGUUGCGGGGGGAGGAAGAGUUAGCUUUCACCUGGGACACACUGGCUGGGUGAAGGAACAGAGAAGAGCCCAUCAUAAAACAUUUUAUUUUUCUAAACUUUUUUAAGUUUAUGAUUUCAAAAGAGUAAGAGAUGAGUGUAUAUAUAUAUAUAUAUCUAUAUAGCGAUAUAUGUAUGUAUAAAUAUGUUACAAAAAACACAAAUGUUUAAAAAGAAGAAGAAGAAGAAGAAGAAGAAGAAGCACCACAGGUGAAUGAUGCAUCCAUGCAACACUGAUAGAGGGGGAGGGGGGGCGGG